AUGAGGUUCCCUUGGUCAAAGACCGGAGCGGUGGACAAGCCAUCAGACUCGGGCGUCCGAGAAAGCCAUCCCAGCACACCUUCAGAGCAACCAGUCUCGACAGAAACCCUUGACCCCGAGAAGAGACCAGUCCCCUCUGAUGUGAACGGAGCAGAGUCCGGUUCACAUGAAGCCCCAUCAAAUCCGACCACCGCGCCUGGAGAAGAUGUCCCCGAUUCGGCGCCGGCCGAUGAAAAAUCUGCGCGUGAGGCAAACGAAGAACUAUCCCGUAGAGACUCAACAGCAACCUCCGAUGCAGGCGAGCCCGGCGAAGACGACGAGUCCAAGUAUGCCAAAGGGCUGCCGUUACAUCUGUUGACGUUCGGCCUAACUCUCUCCACCUUUGUCAUUGCUCUGGACAACACCAUCAUCGCAACCGCCAUUCCCAGGAUAACCACCGUCUUCAACUCCCUGGACGAUGUGGGCUGGUAUGGCUCCUCGUACCUGCUCACGACGACCUCGCUGCAGCCGUCGUUCGGCAAGAUCUACACCUAUUUCAACGUCAAGUGGACCUACAUGUUCGCUAUCUUCAUCUUCGAAGUCGGCUCCGUGCUGUGUGGCGCGGCCAGGAACUCGACAAUGCUGAUCAUUGGCCGGGCCGUUGCUGGGAUUGGCGCGGCGGCGAUUUUCUCGGGCGGCAUGACCAUUGUUGCAUAUUCCGUACCGUUGCGCAAGAGGCCGAUCUACAUUGGUCUGCUGAGCUCCAUGUUCGGUAUUGCAUCUGUCGUGGGUCCUAUUUUGGGAGGAGCUUUCACCGACCGUGUGUCAUGGCGUUGGUGCUUCUACAUCAACCUCCCCAUCGGCGCGAUAGCCAUCACGGCGGUUUUUUUCUUCUUCAAGAACCCCGAGCGCCGACACAGCAACCUGACCAUGAGGCAGAAGAUCGGCCAGAUUGACCUGCUCGGCGCGUUCUUCUUGAUCUGCGCCAUCGUCUGCCUCCUGCUCGCUCUCCAGUGGGGCGGCGUCACGUACCCGUGGUCUGACUCGAAGGUCUGGGGCUGCAUCCUAGGGUUUGGGCUGUUGAUCAUUGUCUUCACCGGCAUCCAGCUGUGGAAGGGCGACCUGGCCACGCUCCCGCCCCGGAUCAUGCUCCGGCAACGCACCAUAUUCGUGUGUGCGUUCUUCUCGGCCUUCCUCGCCAUGGGCCUGUACACGCACAUCUAUUUUCUCCCGUUCUACUUCCAAGCGGUCAAGGGCACGACGGCGGAGGGCUCCGGGAUCCGCACGAUUCCCUACCUGGUCAGCAUCACCAUCUCGUCCAUCGUCGUGGGCGCCAGCAUCACCACCCUGGGGCCGUACGUCCCCUUCACGUGGUUCGGCUCGGCCAUCUUCGCCGUCGGGUCGGGCAUGCUGUACAGCCUGAAGGUGCACUCGUCGACGGGGACGUGGAUCGGGUACCAGAUCCUGGCCGGGGUCGGGGCCGGGGCGUGCGUGCAGAUCCCCUUCAUCGCGGUGCAGGUGGUGCUGAACAAGAAGGACAUGCCGGUCGGCAACGCCGUGGCCAUCUUCUUCAACUCGCUGGGCGGCGCCAUCUCCAUCUCCAUCGCCCAGAACAUCUUCUCCAACACGCUGGUCAAGGAGAUUCCCAAGUACACGAAAGGCGUCAACCCGCAGACCAUCAUCAUGGCCGGCGCCACCCACAUCCGCCAGGUCACCCCGCCCGCGCAGCUCGCCGGCGUGCUAUACGCGUACAACAUCGCCGUGACACACUCGUAUAUCCUGUCCAUCGCGUGCGCCACCAUCGCGUUUCUGUUUUCACUGGGCUUUGAGUGGAAGAGCGUCAAGGGGAAGAAGCUCGAGAUGGGCGGCGCGGCAUAG